GAACGGGACGAGAAAAAAUAGAGGAGAGAAUUUGUGGGCAAUGGUGACCCUGGUGCGAGGGGUUAGAGAGAGAAAGCAGAAAGCACGACACCAAUUUUUGUAUAGAGGAGAGAAAAGAAAAAAAUUGUUUAGAGAGAAAAAGCUUCUUGUUCUUGUGCAUCCCUCUUCCAGACAAGAUGAUCGGUGAAGAAGAGUUCCUCCUCUGAGAUCAUCUGAAAAGGGCAGUCAAGAUAUUAUUUUUCUUUUUCAACUUUUCAAUUUAUUUAUUUAUUAUUCUUAGCUGCCUCCAACUAUCUUUAUAUUUACGAUCUUCAUAUUCUUUGAAUUACCAUUUCACUUUCACCCUCUGUGAGAUUAGGUUAUUAUUACAUUGCUGUUUCCUUGACUGCCCUUUUCCUCGUCCUUUCUGCUUUUAUCGAAUUUAGGUGCAUCAAUAGUGCAAUUGUUGAUAGAGAAAAAUAUUCAAGUGCAGAGCUGAUUUGUGGAGAAGAAGCAAAGAUGAGGACCCUUUUAUAUUCGCUAAACUCAAGAAGAUCAAUGUGUUUUAUUUGUAUUGCUCAAUAGUUACUCUUUGGUUGUGUGUUUCUGAAUAUACAAUUGUGGCGAAUUUUAUAAUCUGUAACUGCUGCUGUUGGUGCUAAUCACGCGUCCGGGUGAUUAAUAAUAACUCGGAGGGGUGGUUAGUACAAUAAAGCUGGCGAUUUUGAGUCCUUGCUGUUGGCAGAAAUUAUCACUGCCUCCACUACGGUGACAUACUGUUUUGCAAGCAAUGGCGAGUAGAUGCAACUUAUAUGGAAUCCAGUUAUAUUGUUCUUUUGUGUUGAUUCUUGUAUUGGAAACUCAUGGUCAUUGCUUGCCGAAUUCUGAAGUGUUGGCUUUAUUGGGAUUUCGUGAUAGUGUGAAGUCAGAUCCACACGGUGUUUUUUCAAAUUGGGAUCCUAAUGAUUGCAACCCAUGCAAGUGGUCAGGUGUUCGUUGUGUCAACAAUUUAGUGCAAAUGCUUGAUCUGAAGGGACUUUCUUUGGAAGGAGUACUGGCACCUGACCUCGGGAAACUUGCUAACUUAAAAAUUCUCAUACUCUCUCAGAACCAAUUUUAUGGUACCAUUCCUAGAGAAUUUGGCGGGCUUGCAAUGCUGGAGGUAUUAGAUUUGAGAAACAAUACUUUGAAUGGAACCAUUCCAGUAGAAUUAAAAGGAAUUCAUUCACUUAAGCAUUUGUUGCUUUACAAUAAUAACUUUAAGGAAAGCACUUUCUUGCAACAUGGGAAAGUGGAUUUGCUCUCUAAAUCUCAAUAUGGAAACCGUGUCUCUAAAGCUUCUGUUGGAAUUGGUUGCAUAAAUAGAAAAAUUGGACCCUGCAUUUCUCAUGGUGGUUUAGAGUCACUGAAGAAAUCCGAAUCCUUUUUGCCAACCACACGGACGCUGAAAUAUCAUCUCAAUAUGUUGUUACCAAUGUUCAAAUUUGAAGAAGGCUCCUCUUGCAGUAAUGCAGAUGAUGGCUGUGAUACUCCAUCUGGUUCUUCUGAGCAGCAGAUACUGAAUUUAAAUGAUGUUGUACGUCGUAGACUAGCUGAGCAGUCCAGCAAUCUAGCUGCUGCUCCAGCUAGGGACGCUUCUCCUGCAGUACAAAUUAUUGCCCUUCCUAGUUCAAGAAGUAGUGGAUCAUUCCCAGCGGUGCCGAAGGAAAAGAGAAAACACUCUCUUCCUCCUGCGCCCUCACCUGCUGAACCUCCGAUAAAUGAGUUUCAUAUGAACAAAACUAAUGAAUCUGGGAAAACAAGCAAGGAAACUAGUGGACUUUCUGGAAAUACUUGGAUUUUUAUAAUUGGAAUUUUAAGUGCUGUUUUGGUGCUAGUUGUUGCUUUAGCUUUAUUCUUCAUUUGCCGCACCCACGCAGUUGCAGGUACCUCAGAUUCAUGGAAAAUGGGACUCACUGGACAGCUGCAAAAGGCAUUUGUAACAGGUGUCCCCAAACUAAAUCGGGCUGAGCUGGUAACUGCCUGUGAAGAUUUCAGCAACAUAAUUGAAACUCAUAAUUACUUCACUGUGUACAAGGGAACACUAUCUAGCGGAGUCGAGGUUGCAGUUUUCUCAACCACAAUAAAUUCUCUUAAAGAUUGGUCAGCCCAUUCAGAACAAGUCUACCGAAAGAAGAUUGAAGUACUCUCUCGAGUGAACCACAAGAAUUUUGUUAAUCUUAUUGGGCACUGUGAAGAGGAUGAACCAUUUACUAGGAUGAUGGUGUUAGAAUAUGCUCCUAAUGGGUCCCUUUCAGAGCAUCUGCACAUCAUGGAACUUGAUCAUCUUGAUUGGACUACUAGGAUAAGAAUAAUCAUGGGAACAGCUUACUGUCUCCAAUACAUGCACGAACUGAAUCCGCCGUUGCCACAUUCCAAUUUAAAUGCAAAUGCUGUACUUCUUACAGAAGAUUACGCUGCAAAAAUUGUAGAGGUUGAUUUCUGGAAAGAUAUAUUAUACAAGUCAGAGGUCUCUGUGGACAAUAAAUCGGAGCAUUCUAAAUUGGGGCCACUUGCUGAUACUGAAGAAAAUGUUUAUUGUUUUGGAGUCUUGUUGCUGGAGAUCAUUUCAGGGAAGUUCCCGUAUUCAGAAGAACAUGGGCCUCUUGUAGACUGGGCUGCUUCAUACCUAAAGGACAAGAGAAGUUAUUUGGUUGAUCCAACCUUGAAGACCUUCGAGAACGAUCAGUUAGACAUAAUCUGUGAGGUAAUUCAGGAUUGCAUUCAACAGGAUGCAAGGAAGAGACCUACCAUAAAGGAAAUUGUUUCCAAGCUGCGCCAAGUGAUUAAUGUAUCACCUGAAGCUGCUGUGCCGAGACAGUCUCCCCUGUGGUGGGCUGAGCUUGAGAUAUCGUCAGCAGAGACAUCUUAACCUGACUCUCCUUUGAGCUGUAAGUUGAAUAUCUCUAACAUAUGAUCAAUACAGAUAUUGAUUUGCCUUCCUCAGUUGUGGAUGUUAGGCUAUGCUCUGUACGUGUUCUGUUGAUAAAUUGUGAUUAUGAAGUGUAUUGUUGUAUACACUUAUGCAUCAAACAAAUAUAUCUUCUCAUAAACGGGGGUCCUAGAAAGGUACUUUGUAAUUUGAAAAUUGUUGUUAUAAUCGAUAAUUAUACUUAAAAUA